GUAAGUAUAUAAAUUCAAUUAUUUAACAACGUGUAUCGGAUACGCGCGACGAAACUGUUACUAAUUUCCUGAUUUGCCCAAAGCGAAACAAAAAAAAAAAGAAUCAGAGAGACAAAAAGAUGAACAAUAAAUUUGGCCGGAAGAAGCCGACGGGAACACCGUCUCUAGCGUGGUCUACCGUCGUAGUUGUAGCCUCUCUGCUCGCUGGAGCCUCCGUGGUUCACAAUAUAUACAAGCCAGAUCUCAGAUUACCUCAGAUCGAAAGCGAUGAAGGAGACAAGGAGGAGUCUGCAAACAAAGGUUAAUUCUAUUUUUGUGGUUUGGUUAGUUACAUUUCUGGCAUUGAUUUCUCAAACUCCUCUGGGUUUGAGUUAUUAUGUCAUUAGACCUCUGUCUUACGUAUGAAUAAGCUCACUCAUGGAGCAAUACAUUUUGAUCCAUUUAAGAUUCUAAGUGAUUGGUUGCAAUAGAUUGCUAAUUGUGGAUGUGUAUUGCCCCCACAAUGUUUAGUGGCUGCAAAUCUGCAAUAGAUUCUUAAGUUUUUAAUAUUUGUAAACUACAGUAAAAUGGUUACGGUGAUUAAUCCAGUUUAUGGGACUAA